CGGCGUCAGCCGGGGCGGGAGCGGGGCGCGCUCUGGAGACGAGGCGGCGGCGCCCCGGGUGGGGGGAGGCGGGCGGACAGCUAGAGACCGCCUGCGGCGGCCCCCACCCCGGCCGGGCCCAAGGUGCGGCGGCGGAGGGCAGCCAGGGCGCCCCAGCAGGCUUCCAGUAAUUAUCUUCAGGAAUCGCCAUGACCCCAGCUCUGAAGGAGGCAACAACAAAGGGUAUCUGCUUUUCAUCUUUGCCAAGUACCAUGGAAUCUGACAAGAUGCUGUGCAUGGAAAAUCCAAGAACUGUAGAUGAAAAGCUUAAGGGAGGAGACACUUUCUCUCAGAUGCUGGGAUUCCCGACUCCUGAACCUACUCUAAAUACUAAUUUUGUGAAUUUAAAACAUUUUGCCUCCCCCCAGGCUUCAAAACAUUUUCAGACCGUUCUUUUAAUGAGUUCUAAUUCAACACUAAGUAAGUAUAAUGAGAAUUAUAACCAAAAGAAAGUAAUGGAGUCCAACUGCUGUAAGCUGAAAAAUGUACUGUAUAAUGGCAGCAGCGUUCAGCUCAGUGAGGUCUGCCAUUCUCAUUCUGAGAAUGAGUUCAUCAAAAAGGAACUCUCAGAUACCACAAGCCAGUGCAUGAAAGACAUACAAAUUGUUUUGGAUUCAAAUCUCACCAAAGAUGCCAAUGUAGAUAAAAUACAUCUGCAAAACUGUAAAUGGUACCAAAAGAAUGCACUCUUGGAUAAAUUCACCGACACAAAGAUUAAAAAGGGCUUAUUGCAAUGUACUCAAAAGAAAAUCGGACCUAGUCAUUCCGAUGUGCCUAUUAGUUCCUCAGCUGCUGAAAAAGAGGAGGAAGUGAAUGCUCGUUUACUUCACUGUGUGAGUAAGCAGAAACUCUUACUUAGCCAGGCUAGAAGAACUCAGAAGCACUUGCAGAUGCUCCUGGCGAAGCAUGUUGUUAAGCACUAUGGCCAACAGAUGAGAUUUUCUAUGAAACAUCAGCUGCCCACAAUGAAGAUCUUUCAUGAACCCACAACAGUUUUGGGUAAUAGUUUACUUGAGCACACUGAAAUUAAACCAGAUGUCAACAUACUGGCUUCAGAGAAUAAAUUAUGGGAUGAUACAAACAAUGGCUUUUCUCAAUGUACAGCUGCAGAAAUCCAAAGAUUUGCACUGUCUGCUACAGGGCUGUUGUCUCAUGUCGAAGAGGGUCUGGAUUCUGAUGCCACCGAUAGCAGCUCAGAUGACGAGUUGGAUGAAUAUACCAUUAGGAAAAAUGUGGCAGUUAACUCUAGUACUGAAUGGAAGUGGCUUGUAGACAGAGCACGAGUUGGCAGCCGAUGGACCUGGCUUCAAGCUCAGAUUUCAGAGCUAGAAUACAAAAUCCAGCAACUAACAGAUAUCCACAGACAGAUUCGUGCCUCCAAGGGGAUAGUGAUCUUAGAAGAAUGUCAGCUUCCAAAAGACAUUUUGAAAAAACAAAUACAUUUUUCAAACCAAGCAGUUUCAUUAAACACUUCAGUGAAUUCUCAGGUUCCCCAAAGGAGUGAAGAGCCUUUACCAGAGCACGAUUUUGAGAUGUCACCAAGCAGCCCUACCCUACUUCUUCGAAACAUAGAGAAACAGAGUGCACAGUUGACUGAGAUCAUUAACAGUUUGAUUGCCCCUCUCAACUUGUCUCCAACUUCAUCACCCCUCUCCUCUAAGUCCUAUAGCCACAAAUGUCUGGCUAAUGGCAUUUCAAGGAGUGCUUCAGAGAAUUUAGAUGAGCUCUCUUCCUCCAGUAGCUGGUUACUUAAUCAGAAGCACAGUAAGAAAAGGAGAAAAGACAGGACAAGAUUGAAAUCUCCAUCCUUGGCUAUCAUGAGUACAGCUGCCCGAACAAGGCCCCUUCAAAGUUUCCAUAAAAGAAAACUCUACAGAUUGAGUCCCAAUUUUUACUGGACUCCUCAGACUUUACCUUCAAAAGAAGCAUUUUUAAAUACCACACAGAUGCCUUAUAUGGGAUCACCACCUUUAAGUUGGGGCAACUGGGAACAGAGUUCCAAGUCUCAGCUAUUAAGAGAACAUGUUUCAAAACUAGAUUCCUCUUUUCAUCCGGUCUUGUCAUUACCAUCAGAAAUGCCCCUUCAUCUUCAUUUUGAGACCUUAUUGAAGAAGACCGACAUAAAAGGAGAGCUUGCUGAUAAUAAAUUUGUAAGCAACUGUAUCAUAUCACCACCACCUGGUACGUCAUUUACAAAUCAUGUGCAUUUGUACGUGUUUUUACAUCAUCUACAAUUUUUUUUAUUUUAAGUAAAUAAAAUUUAACAAAAGACUAAAUGCAAAUCCUUAAUUUUUAAUACUUUUUCCAUAAGUCACACACAUACACUGAGAAACGUGGAUUG